AUGUCGGCAACACACACACCACACCCCUACUACCCCCUGGACUUGAUCCUCGACCACUACGUCCCCAACACCUACACCAUGAGAGACACCCUCAUCGUCCUCUUCUCCACCUUUGGCGCAAUUACCGUCGGUUCCAUCGCUCUCUCCUACCAAAAGCGAACCACCACCAUCCGUGGUCUCGGAAACCAGUUGACUUUCGUCUGGUUCGUCAUGAGUGGAUUCAUUCAUCUCUUCCUCGAGGGCUACUUUGGGGUGUACCAUCGCACCUUGGCGGGCGAUCAGUCUCCUUUGGCCCAGGUCUGGAAGGAGUAUGCGCUUUCGGAUUCCAGAUACUUGUCGAGUGAUUCUUUUGUUCUUAUCAUGGAGCGCAUCACCGCCUUCGCGUGGGGCCCAUUGGCGUUCUUCACAGCAUACGCAAUGUACCACAACAGACCUUCUCGCCACAUCGCCCAGCUCGUCGUCUCUCUCGGCCAGCUCUACGGUUGCGUCCUCUACUACGCCACAACCUUGGUCGAGGGCUCUCCCCAUUGCGACCCCCGCCCUUACUACUACUACUUCUACUUUGUUUUCUUCAACAUCUUUUGGAUCGUUAUUCCUAUAAUCUUGAUGCACAACUCGGUCAAGAACUUGUACCGUGCUAUGAAGGUUUCGGUCGAGGCUGAGAACCAGUCGAAGAAGGUCAAGAAGUCCAAGUAA